UUCCCGGAUGCCAGCAGCUCGGCCGCCAUCUUCCCGACUCAGCCGAAGCGGUCCCGCACCAUUCACUGAGCGCGAGCCCAGCAGCAGGUGCCGCCGCGGCGACCGCCAGCCCCGUUCCGAGCCCCGCAACUGCCUCGACCAGCAUCCCCGGAGAUGUCGGCUCCCGCUGCUGCUGCGCCCCCCGCUGCCGGAGGAGAGGGGGGUGGGCCUCCUCCCCCACCCCCCAACCUCACCAGCAACAGAAGGCUGCAGCAAACUCAGGCUCAAGUCGAUGAGGUCGUGGACAUCAUGCGAGUGAAUGUGGACAAGGUUCUCGAGAGGGAUCAGAAGCUCUCGGAGCUGGACGACCGCGCCGACGCUCUGCAGGCGGGCGCCUCCCAGUUCGAAACCAGUGCAGCCAAGCUCAAGCGCAAGUACUGGUGGAAGAAUCUAAAGAUGAUGAUAAUCCUGGGGGUGAUAUGCACCAUUAUCUUGAUCGUUAUCAUCGUUUACUUCAGCACUUAAUGGAAUUUAUGGAGCCAUUUCUCAUCCAGGAGCAAGGCCGGGAGCAGCGUGAGGGGCAAAGCAUCCCCCCUCCUCUAGAUCUCAGCCAUAUCUUCCAGCCGCCUCCCCUCCCUCCAUACGCCCCUUACACCCUCCCAAAUCUCCUCCUCCCCUCCGGUGUGUGUGUGUGGGUGUGCAUUGCGUGUGGGUGUCUUGUAAAUAGCCUGAUUUGUUAUUUAUACAUAUAUAUAUAUAUAUAAUAUAAUAUAUUUUGUCUGUUUGUAGAUUUAUUACUAGACUUUCCAUGUGUCAUGGAAUCUUUCCCCCUUCCUCUUCUCCUGCCAACCCCCGACUUCUCUCUUUCUCUCUCUCUGACAGUGUUUUUUCAGUGUCUUGGUUUUUAACUAAAAUCUUCAAGGACCAAUAACUCUCCGUGAUCCUUAACCCUUCUCCCGACUUAGCUGGGCUCAGAAACUCCUAAGGCACCCUGGCCCACCACACUUCCUCCCCAUGCAAAAAAAAAGUCACCCGGAUCCAAAUGUUGGAGCAAUCUUGGGUUGCGGAUCUUAUCUCCCUGCCUGCAAUCUUUUACGUCCCAAGAUAUCAAGGCACCUCGUCGGAAGUGGGAUGCCAUGAGUGCCCAGCUUCCCUUGGUCUGGAUUGUGACCCUUUGCCUCCUGCAACCGCUGUGACAUUGGACUAGAUUGUGGUGUGUUAGGGUGUCGGGAAUUCCUUUGCUUGCUCUCUCUUUUGAUCUCAGCCCCUUCCCCGCCGGGGAAGAACCUCUACCCUUCGUGAUCUUCUGUAACAUUCCUGGAGUUGUGCUGUGUGCUGUGUCUUCGAAGUAAGCAACACUAUACCUUAUAAUCCCCCCCCUUCCCCGGUGCAGGGAGCAGCUCUGUUUUGGGAAUCCUGCAACAGCCUUCUCCUCGCCUCCUCCUGCCACUUAAGGGAGAGGCGGAUGAUUUUCCUGCCAUAGAUCUCCUAAAUGAAAACUGCCUCUCUUUUUUUUGAUAAUAAUAAUAUUAAAAAUACGAGUAUACAAGGUAAUAUAACGUGUAUAUUCCAGACCUGCCCGGUAAGGGAGCCAAGGCUAUCUAGGGGAAGCAGGAUAGCUGCUCACACCCCAAAAUAUAUCUCCCAAGUCGUCCUCUUCUUGCAAUCACUGCCUAUUUGCCGGGAAUUGGGGUAUCGUCAUUCGUGUCCGGGUAACAAGCAAGCGAGAGUUCUGCCUUUAGUUCCUUUCAGAAGUGUGUUUGUGUGUUUUGUUGAAAGCACAGAUAACUAGCAGAUUCAACAUCAAGUGAUAUGGGGAUUGGGGGGGGGAGCGUUGCUGAUUAAUAAACUUCGGAGCAAGAAAAUAUCUUUCUUUCCCCCUGCUUGGGAAAUUCUAUUUGGGCCAGUUUUGCGCUAUAGCAAAAUAGUUUUUCUGUGUCUACUCUCUCAACUUCUGAAUGGAACUACGAGCAAGGGAAGGGUGUGUGUUGUGUUGUGUGUGUGUGUGUGUGUGUGUGUGUGUGUGUGUGUGUGUGUGUGGAGAGAUUUGAGUAGGGAGGAGGCUGGCUUGAAUACAGGCUGUUUUUUUUGUGGGGGGGAGAGGGAAACUCCUCCUCUCUGCCCCCACUUCCCCAUCCUCACCCAAGAUCAGCCAGUUUCGCUUUGCAAAUGUCGUAAUCGUGAUAUUGUGACGAGUGAACUCUCUCCCCCCCCCCCCGAAUUCCUGUUUAGCACAAACUGCCAUAUUUCUUGGCCUGUUUAUAAUGUCAGCGAUGUGUGACUCUCUUUUUUUAUUAUUUUUUUGGUACAUCUUCCCCCUCCCCUCUCCUCUUCCCCCCUCCCCUUUCUCCCAAGUAGAGGGGGUGGGGCAACUGUUUUAAAAGAUUAUCCCUUAUCCACUCGUCUCUGUGUUCCGGAUUGCUCUCUCUCGAGGCCAAGGAAUUUCAAGAGGGAACUAGGAGAGGUUCUGGAUCGCUCUCUCUCUCUCAAGGCCAAGGAAUUUCAAGAGGAGGGAACUAGGAGAGGAGCUGGCUUUUCCACGGAAUCACCAUCGCAGCUUGGCGAGUCGGGUGCCCCCUGCCAGUUCGGAGGGAGGACUUGGCAAGGGGCGUCCUGCUAGUGAGAACGGGGCGUUGGGGCAGAACUUGAACCGUGUGGGGGGGGAGGAGGCUUAGAAACCUGAUUAAUAUCCUGGCUCCCUGCAACGGAGGGAAACGAAGGGAGCGAGGAGGUUAGAUGGCUGCCGCCUUCUCCCCGUUGAAAACAGUUGCCGGCAAUUCUCUUAGGUGGAUGCUCGGAUAUUGUGAACUGCUGGGGAAGAGGAGAGCCCAAGGGGGAGGGGGCGCUAUCCCUUGGAGGAGGGGGAAACUUUUGAGGUUGCUCCUUGAACAGACAGCAGCGAGGAUAAUGGAGGUCCUGGACGCAUCUGUCUUCCAUAUAUACUGUGGAAAAGGGUGUGUUUCUUUUAGGGCAGGCAUCCCCAAACUGCGGCCCUCCAGAUGUUUUGGCCUACAACUCCCAUGAUCCCUAGCUAACAGGACCAGUGGUCGGGGAAGAUGGGAAUCGUAGUCCAAAACAUCUGGAGGGCCAAAGUUUGGGGAUGCCUGUACUAGGGUAUGAUUUGAGAGAGAAGGGGCUGCAAUUCUCCAGCUGGACAGCAGGUGUCACUGCUGCUCUCCAGCUCCCUGGAUGCAGCCCUCUUAAGUUGGAGAAAACUUCUGCUGAGGAAAGGGAACAAUAUAAAGGUAGAAAGGGUAUUUUAACGGGUAGGGUAGAUCAGGGCACAAGGGGGUGAGGAAAGGUCCUUUGCUUUGCUGCCCAUUCCCCCCUCCUCCUCCCUCUUCCUCAGCAGGCCUGGGUUAUGCGGGAAAGGGGUUGGACUCGUUACGGACAUGACCGGGAAUGACUAUGCUGUGAAAAAUACCUGAAAUUUGGAAGGGGGAAAAAAAUAGUACAAUAAAUGUCCUGUGGAGAACGCCCAAUUAUUAUUCUUUGUCUUGCUUGUCUGUCUUGAAAAGGGCUGGCCUCUGCACUCGCUGGGGCAGCGCAAGGAAUCUCAUAACUUGGCUGAAAGAAAAUCAAUAUUAUAAGUAACCACACGUUAAGUGACUGGAAGAAGCAUAGAAUUUCCGGAAUUGUUUUUUUUAUGGGGUGGGGGUGGGGAAAUAAAUGUUUUGGGGGAAACAGAAAUAUACGCAAUCCUUUCCGUGCUUUUCAAGGGCAUGAAAAUGGCGUGCAAAUGUGUGUCAGUCUUUGCUCGUCUAGUUAGCGGGCCGUCUCGAGACAUUUUGGCACUGGGUGCAAGGCUCAAUAGGCCUACCCCCACCACCAGCAGGGAAGAAUGGGUGAGUCAAGAUCUACAGCGGCGGGCGAGAAUAAAAUCAACCUUACCUGAUGGUUCGCAUGGGAAUCAAAGUCUGUUGUGCGGGAGAAAGGGGUCCUCUGUGCAGAGCCCAGGAUACCCCAGAUGUCAACCCCUCGCCAUUUGCUCUCUAGGCGUGGAAGGAAAGCAGCAGCAGUGCCUCCUAUUCA